AUGGCGGCUGUCGUUGUACCGGCCGGCCUUUCGCCAAAUGUCGACUCACCCAGCUUUGAAAAGCUGCCCAAAAUUGAUGUUAAGCCCGUGGUCGAAGACUCGUUGCUUGCAAGUCGGCCAAAAUUCGAGCUCGUCCCGCAAGUCUCCAUCAAGCCCAUUCCGGAGGACAAUAAGUCGGAAGCUUCUGACGACGCCGUCAACUCACUGAUAUGCGCCCAUGCCCCGGUCCGCUCCACCUAUCACAGGGAGGCCGUCUCUUUCCGAUCGGAUAUCCAAGUGCACCUCAGAUCAGUACAAAAGACAAGCGACGACAUGCUCUUCAGAAUUCGUGAGAUUGUCGAAAGCCUCGACAGGGCCACGCAUGAGAAACUUCUCCACAGAGAGCAAUAUGACGGUCUGUGCCAGAGAUACAAGGAUAUUACCGCUCGCCUCGAGACUUCCACCCAAGAGUGCGUCACAUUGAGGGCCAGACUCUACGAGAUGUCCAAGGCACGCGAUCGUGCCGAAAUUGAGCUCGAAGCUCUUAGCGGUCACCUCCUCGAGAAGGAACACGAAUGCACAGAACUCAGAGAAGAGACCAGUACCCUUCACAAGCAAAUUGUCUCCAUGGAAGCAACACUCGUGGGUCUCACUUCCAGACUUGUCGAAGCCGAAGCAAUUGCAAGGAUCCGCCUGGAGGAAUACAAUGCUGCGGUCAAGGAGCUUGAGAUUUUGAAGGCUUCUAUGGCUGUUCUCUUCGCCGAGAAGGAGACAUUGGCUACCGAGCUUGCAAUCACACGCAUGAAAUUCAAAGAAGUCUCCUCGAAGCUUGAAGUUGUCAGGCAGAAGUUCAUCAGCAUUGAACACAAGUGCACCGCUCUUGAAACGGAGCUCAAGUCAGUCAGGGAGGAACUCAUCAAGGCAAAAGAGGCUAGAGACAAGGCGAUCACAGAGCGAAAGGAAGCCAUCCACGAACGUGAUAUCGCCGUCCAGCGUAUGGACGAAGCAAUCGAAGACCGAAAUGGUGCUAUCAGAGCUCGUGACGGUGCCAUAUUCGACUAUCAGAGUGCCAAAACUGAGCUGAUCCGGGAUCAAGCCCUGCUCAAGGACUGCCAGUUGAACCUGGAGACACUUCAAAAGAGGUUCGAAAUCGUGAUCAGAGAGCGCGAUUAUGCUGUACAUAACCAGUCCAGCCUGGAACAUUAUCGGGAUGAGCUCGUAGAACAAUUCAAGGAGGCCGACAGCCGCGCUCAUGGCUUCAAGUUCGAGCUCGAAAAGGCCACCGAGGCCAGGCAACAUGCCGAGAACGAGGUCCAAGCUACCCUGAAGAAGAUGGAAGUUCUGUGCCACGAUAAGGAUGUUAUCGUCCUUGAGCGAGAACAGCUCUACCUUCAACUGAAGGAAUCUGAGGCCAGACGGAAUGAGGCCAUUGCCAAGGAAUCAAAGGCAUUUGAAGAGCUCCUCGAAGCGACACAAGAAUGCGCAAAGGUGACGAAGAAGUACGAAGACAUGGAGGAUGAAUUCCAGAAGGCCGACAAGGAGCGCGCCAUCCUCGACGAGAAGCUAAAGAUUAUGGAGGCGGAUCUCAAGGCCGCCAAAGUGAAGGAAGCACUAAUGGCGGACCAGCUGGAGCACGCUAAGGCAGACGAGAUCAAAGCUCUUCGAGAGCGGAACGAGAUGUUCGAGAAGCUCGCAGUUUCCGAAGAGCUCGGCAAGACCCUGAAGCAGCAGAAGGACGACAUGGAGAAGAAUCUAGAAGCCAAGAUCAAGGGGCUGGAGGACAAGCUAGCGCAGAGUGGAGAGGAUAACACCGCUCUUCAAGACAAGGUCGUCAGCCUCGAAAAGGCUUGUAGCAAGGUAGUUAGCCAGAGAGACGAGAAGACAAGAGAACUCGAAGACACGAAGCACCAGGCUGCUGAUCAGAAGAACAAGCUUGACAAGGAGAUUGUCGAUCUCAAGGACGGUGUUGCCAAAGCCCAGAAGAAGGAGCACGAAAGCGAGAAGGUGCUGCAAGAGAAGACCGCUGAGCUUGAGAAGGAGAAGGGCGCGAUGAAGAAUUAUGCUGGCAACGGUGAAGUGCGAGGCAACAUCUGGGUAAAGAACAUCAACUAUGGCACGACACGUCUCCCAGAUACCCACAAGGCAUACAAAAUGGCCCUUGAUCGCUUCUACAGUGCAAAGGCUGCACCAGUCAAAGCGGACAACAAGUUCAUCGGUUUCGAUCCUAACGUCGGUGUCCAGAAGACGCUGAUCGUACGCUGGGCUCAGAAGGAUAAAGAGGGCAAGUGGGAGGACAAAAAGGCUCUUUCUGUGGUGGAGCGAGGCCCAGGCCCCAACGGUGACGAGAUUGAUUUUCCGGUCGUUGGAAAGGCCUAA